UCUGCAGAAAGCUUCGAUCACCGCUCCUCGACACGUCCGCGUUGUCCAAGUCUGGCCAGACUCUGCAGCGAUGACUGCUGCGCGUCUGUCACCAGCAGCAAACUUGCUCCGCAAUUCCAGACUCUUCGCCAUCCCUGCUGCUGUAUCCCUACCUGCGAUUGAACCUUCAUCAGAACCCAUAUCAUACUCUGAUUCUGCGACUACACCGUACCCGACUCGAGCUGCCCUUGAGACUCCGUUAGCAUCGUUGAAUCAAGGAGACUGGGGUUUGAAAAGACCGCUGCCAAUCAAAACAACGACAAAGUCUGGCACACCUCUUGUCCGGUUUCAAAGAGGAAUCGACACCCCCGAACAUGUUGUCGACUUCGAAUCCGCUGCAGACCAUGUCAUCACGUUGCGCAAGUACCAGGAGCUGAACCUUAGAGUUGUCUUGCCUGCGCCGAGAGAUAGGAAGUCAACAUUGAAUACACAACGAACGAGUGCCUUUGAUUCGGAAGUAGAUCACACUGCCGACAAGCCCGCGCCAACCCUCGACGGAAAUGCAUCCAACUCGUGGUUAGACGAGAGUCCAUCGGAGCGAGCAAAGCGGAUGCCACACCAUCUCAAAGAUGCACUCGAGAAGAUCACCCAGGAAAGAGCAGACGCAACAAGACCUGGGUUUGAAGCACCCCCAAUCCAGCCACAGCUCACGCCUUCUGCAACUUCACCGUCCGCCCAAACUGCUCGCAGAUGGCGCUACUCUGGACCAUAUCUAGCGGGGCUGAAUGGCAUGGAGUUCGAUGCUUUCCUGAAAGGCAUAAGCAGGGAGCAGAAAGCUGCGUUUAGGGAGUUGGUCAAGAAUCAUUUGGCAGCGCAGCGAGCUUCUGACCAGCGGUUGAAAGCUCUUGAAGAAGGCCAGGCAGAUACAGCUCCUCAAGCGCCCUCAGAAAUCACAGAGCAGGAAGUUACAGAGCAUCUCCGAUAUUUACGAUCAGAACCUGGAAAAUUUGGCCCCCUGAUCGCCGACUUCUUCGAUCUAGCUGAUGGCCCGAAGCCCUCGUCAGACACAACCGACCCGUGGUCAUAUGGGCGCGAUACCGUAUCGGCGGAUCUUUACAAGGAGUCUGGACCGCCACGCACACAUCCAUCUGCAGGCCUGUCGUACAUUAAGACGGAGAUGUUUGCGGCGAACGACGCUGUCACUGGUCCAAGAGGCACACGCUCGCCCGUCGCAGCUCGUCUCCUUCGAUCAAUUCAAUCAACUCACAACAAGCACAUUCCUUUCGUGGGCGUGGCUGGAUUUGUUGUUCCGCAACCCACAAAUCCCGGCAUCUCAGAGCAGAACUGGAAGUGGGCACCGGUCAAAGACGGACCCAAACUUGUGGUCACUCCAACUGCCGCCAACAUCUCGCAGGCUGGCAAAGUUGAGAUCCAAACCAGGAUGCAGCCUGACUGGGUGGUGGAGGACGAUGUACCCGUCAACUUCGUUGAGAGACGAAACCCGAAAGACAGUUCAACUCCUACAAGGCCUUUGUCUUCUCAGCUGCCGGCCUUUGGCCGCAAGGGGUCUCCGAUUAGACGGCAGCGGCCAGCACCGGCACCCAGUCAGAGUAUUGACGAGGAGAUCGGUUUAUUGUUGAAGGCGAACUCGAAGUAUAAAACGAGCAAGCUUACCUGAUGUACAAAACUUGUACUCCGUAUAGACAAAUGUUAUCACCUCUUCGCUGGCAUAAUUCUCUCUCGUGUUGCUGAAUCGUACCCGGUCUACAUCACUUUCACGUUCAAAGUACCGUCCAAGCUUUGCUGAGCCGGCGAAUCCGCUAUCUUCUGCACUCCGUUGGAUCGCUAAAGUAUCACCCACUUCGAA